CGAUGGUCUUAAGUUGUUGUAGAUAAACGACAUCGCAAUAAAAAAAAUUAUUAUUUAAGGGCGGAUGAACAGGUAGUAACAGUACUGGCCUGCUAAUCUGAGGAUCCGGAUUCGAUUUCCAGAGCCGUGUCUGUCCUCAUUAUGGAUCUCACUGUAUCUAUAAUGGUAAAGAUAAAGCUAUAUUAAAUCCUAAUAUAGCUGGUCAAGCAAGCCAAUGACAAAACCCAUUUCAAAUGAGACAGGUUAAUAAAUAAUUUUAACAAUUCGUCUGGAACUAAAACAAUUCCGAUCAAACUUAAGGUAGCAACAAAGAUCGAAUCAGCCACUCUUAUUCCUUCGUUUAAAAGAUAUUUUAAGAAAAUCAUUAGUUUCGUUGGAUUUAUGUUAAAGAUAAAUUAUUGCUUAUGCCAAGAGAUGGCGCUAGGAUGCUUGAAAAAUUACUGUAAACAGUAAUGGCGGAAGUCGUGUGUUUUUGAGCGUCGUAGUUUACGGUUUUGUAUCAGCGUUAGGAUCGAUUGUCAAACUAUUCGAGGUACGGAAUCUCGGAAAAUGAAUCAGUAAUGGAAGGUACAAGUGUACAUCGCGUUCAUUUUCCAGAAUCGGAAGACGUCUUCCGACACGAUGCCGAUAUUCUUGUCUCUCCUAUGAAAGACUCGACUAUACACGUUCAUCUUGGUUUUCUUCAGCUGCAGCACAAGUACGAGAUAAAGUUCGGAUUCGAUAGCACCAAGCAAACAGGCCCCCUUGCCGUCAGAAACAUGAAUCCUCCCAACAUUAACUUGCGUGUCAACGAAUUGAGGCCCCUCUGUCCAUCCGGAACUUCCUACGAAAUAGUUCUAGAGAUGCUGGCACAUAAAGAAAAACUUCUGAAGGAGCAGAUCCUGUUGGAGUCCUGCGACGAUCCAGUGGAAACGGUCACACUGGUCCUGCAUGCCAGGGUUCUGGGUAGAGGAAAGGGCACCCCGUUCUUAAAGACUGGGAUCCGCUGCAUAGGAGUGGAGACUGAAGAUGAGUCGGAGCUGUCCGACUGGCAGGGAUUUUGAAUUUGAAUCCUGCCUUCGCGUCGGAGUCCGUUCGUUUUUUUGGAUCCUAAUAUAUUUCUCGUCAGCUUUGUUUGAAAUUAGGUUUUCUAAUAAGAGUUUUCUUGUAUUUAAAUUUUUAAAAAUGUUAUUUCUAUAUUGUUAACACAGGAUGUAAUCACUUUCUCUGUGCAUUUUAUAAUAUCUUGAUAUUCAUUUACACAGUCAAUUCAAUAAACAAAUUCAUCCAUUAAUUCUUAAGCCAUUUCACCUUGGAAAUUAUACGGGAAUGGAUCGAUUUGGAGUACCUCCGUCCGGCUGGAACGACCACGCCGAGAGCACCUGCCGAGUUUUGAAUCAUAGGUACGUCUUAGACUGUUGUUGGAAAUGUUAAAUGUUAUACACUAAAGAGUUUACUCGUAGAGAAUCUGCCUUUCGCUGAUUCUGUAUCCAAAUAUAUACUUUUCAGAUUACAUAUAUUCCUUGAUGUAUCAAUAUAACCUUAUACAAAAUCUUGUUGUGUAUUGAUUGCAAUAACAUUUUUUAUAUAAAUUGUUUUUAUUAAUGUUUACAAUAAAUUUCAAACUGCAAAUUUUGUCUUCUGAUGCACUGCAUUCAUUUCUAUUUUUUUUUAAAUGUAGACUAUUAUAUUAAUACAAAUAUUCUAAAAAUACACUAUAUAGCAAAUGUACAGAGUGAUUCAAAAAGGACUUUUAAUCAAAGACUUACAAAUUGACUUGUGCAUUAAUUUAUAGCAAAACAUCAAAUUUUUCUUGCCUAGUCCCACUACUAAAUGGGUAUCUGGAUUUCUUAAAACGUUUCCUGGAUUGGGCAGAGUGAUAGAGGAAUGGCUACCCCAUUCCUAGAUUUGAUAUUUCUUGAUUUUUUCCUUCUGGAGUUUCAUUAAAGACCUAGCAUUUAUUCUAUCCCUAACUGUAAAUCUUUCCGUGCUUAAAACUCAAAUUGCAGUUUUGGUUACUGAAGUUCCACGGGAAAUCAGGUUCGAGUGGGAUGUCUACCUUAUUGUAACAACACUUGCAUUGAACCAAAAUGACCAUUUGAGGUAUAGCUGGAUGUAUUUUGCUAGAAAUUGGAGCCUCGACUGAUUCUGUAAGCCUUCCAAUGUUGUGGAGUCCUUCUUGAAUCAUGUAUCAAUCAAUGAGAUCUCAAUGAUAUACAAUUGCUAACAUAAUGUAAUCUACUUGAAUAUCCAAAUUAUUAAAUUUUAUCAGAAGAAUAUCUAAUAUUAAAGUUUAUAUUAAAAAAAAUAUAUUCAAAAUUUCCAAUGAAAGCAUGGAGUAAUGAUAUAGUAACAGUGGCAUUACAAAAUUAUCAUAUAAUUAAACCUUCAUAACUAGUAUCAUACAUCUUAGGAAAUUUGCUUUGAUAAUUUAUUUUGAACUUCUGGCAGAAACCUUGUGAUGUAGUUUCAGAACUGUUCUUUGCAUAUCAAAAAAUUAAAAUUUAAUUUUUAAAUGAAGAAAACAAAUAUUUUUAUCUUUUAAAUGUUAAAUCAUAUUACACAUCUACAUAA